AUGCCGCUAGAACCAGGCACCGACCUGCAGGGGGACAGUCGGAGGGCCAAACGCAGAAAGCUCGAGUCAGAUGAUAAAAGAGAAGGGCCCCAAGCUUUCCGCUAUGGCCAUUAUGGCCAAGUAGUACCUGGCGCUCUCAAGAUGGAAAUCAAAAUGUGCGACGGCGGGACAUAUGAUGAUUCUGACGGCGAGAAUUCGUGGCCAGAGAACAUCUUGCGCAAUGAUUCAGCUGUCUACUGCACAAAGUCAGAUCGAUGCAAUCUUAUUCUAAAACAUCGGGGAGACGCCCCCUUCUGCUUGAGCAAGAUUGACAUCAAGGCUCCAAAAUCUGGAUACAAUGCUCCAGUCCAGGAAGGAAUGGUGUUCGUGUCUAUGGCGUAUGAUGAUGUCUUGGCUCGUACCGCCGCGUUCAAGAUUCUUCGGCCGGCCCCUCGUCGUUCUAAUCGGAGCAGGCGUACUGGUCUGCAGCCUUCUGAGGAAUAUUUGAACGCAUUUCGGACGCCCCUUCAGACUUUGGAAAGAGCCGUAUUCGGAAACACAGAUUCUCCUUCGGAUUCUGAUAGCGACAUCAGCACCAUCGCAGGACCCGAUGCCCCCGAUCCCAUGGCUGAGUUUCAGGUAACGACUGAGUAUGAUGGUGCCUCUGAUAAUGAUGAUGGCUGUGAUAUGGACGAUGAGGAUGAUGCGGAUGAUGCUGACGGCUCCGAAAGCGAUGAAAGUGAGACUGAAAGAGGGGUUGUUUCUGACGAGGCUACCUUUUACCGGAGACGUGAUGAAAUGUUACAGCGUAUAGAGGCUGUGGAAUGGUCGUACGAGAUGGAACAGCGCGGGCUCGAAAGACGGCGUCGGAUCCCCAAUCGUGUCGAACCUGCUGCAUCGUCUGCGGCCCCGGAGUCUCGACCUGCAGGCUCAUCAUCUCCCCCUGUGUUAAAGCCACAUGCUCGCUUCUUCAUCGAGCGAGCAAAGAGCAUGGUCAGCAUCAAGUUUGAUCCACCUGCCUCAGGCAGAUACAUCUUGAUCAAGCUCUGGAACCCCCGCAACGAUGGCAAUAUCGAUAUUCGGAGUAUCAUUACGUACGGCUUUGCUGGUCCUCGAUUCUUCCCCGCUGGGGAAUUUAGGUAG